CUCCCAUCGAGUCGGGCGCAUAUUGGGAUUCCUUGGUCGUGAAGCAAGAUGAGCCUCAACCCUGAAGCGUCCAAGCUGUUUCGUGUCCGCAAGACGGUGGUCAAGAUGCUGCACAACCGAGGGUACAUCGUGAGCGAAGAAGAGCUCCAUCGUACACCGGAGGGAUUCACUGCACAGUUUGGCGAGAACCCGACUCGCGACACGAUGACGAUUCUCGUCGAAAAAGUGGACGACCCGUCCGACAACUUGUUUGUGUUUUACCCGGAGGACCCGAAGGUGGGGGUGAAGCCAAUUCGUAACUAUUGCAACCGCAUGAAGGAUGAGAACGUGACCAAGGCCAUCUUGAUUGUCCAGGACGGCAUCACCCCCUUUGCCAAGCAAGCAUUGAACGAAAUGGCACCUCGAUACAAAAUCGACCAUUUCAAGGAAAACGAGCUCCUCGUGGAUAUCACUGAACACACCCUCGUGCCUGUGCACAAGGUCCUGACAAAGGAGGAAAAACUGGCGCUGCUCAAGCGCUACAAGCUCAAAGACACCCAGCUUCCCCGCAUGCAAGCGAGUGACCCCAUUGCCCGCUACUACGGCAUGUCCCGCGGCCAAGUCGUCAAGAUCAUUCGUCCUAGCGAGACGGCAGGGCGGUAUGUCACGUACCGCGCUGUCAUGUAACUCGGACACGAUGUGUCCGGGAUUGAAAAUAUGGAUCGCCUAUGUAUUAACGCUUGAUGCGGAUCGUUCCAGAGACUGCUAGACCAUUCGUUCUCGUGGAUGCGCGCGUCGCUCCGCAGCCAAGGUGCACCAUCGAC